AUCCCGAAGCUAUAAAUGCUUUGGUUGCAACCCAUUUGGGUUAUUAACCCUCUACCCUUCACACAACUCAGGAUGAUGAAGUUGAUUUCCCUGCUUGUCGUUGCAGCAACUGCUCUAGCUGAUGUUCAGCAGGUGGAAACUGAACAACAGUUUGUUCAGGGAGUUCAGAGUGUGCAAGCUGAGAGAGCCCCUGAGCCUGCCCAAUACUACUAUCCACCCCAGCAGCAGUAUCAGCCCUACUCGAACCAAUUCCAACAUAGAAACGGAGAUGUUGGGUUUAGCGCCGGUGUUGGAACAGGUCCACUGGACUUCUCCCCCUUCCAUCCCACCAAUCUGAUCACCACAAUGAUCUACACCCUCGCAGUGUUGGCCCUUGUUAACCUUCUCCUUGGACUCAUCCCGGAGCCUGACUCUGCCGAGUCUAAAUCCGCGGACAUGGAACCGGAAGCACGUGGUCUCAACAUUGCGGACUUUGUGGUCGGCGCCAUUACAAAACUCGGGGAAAAAUACGAGUAAAUUUUUUGACAGAUGCGUUUCUUGCAUUAUUGUAAAUUGUUGGCAUUACCAGUAAAAUAUAAUUUAUUGUACAAAUAAUAUUUUGAAUUUGAAGAAUAUUCUUCUUUUCAACACUCGGCCGUUGUGACCAGUGAAGAUUGAAAUAAAAAUAUUGAAAUAAAUUUUUAAAUCUCCA